AUGGCUUCAAAAAGGCUAGUCGUUGCGGGAGGAAGCGGGUUUCUAGGAUCGCGAAUUUGCAAAGCUGCUGCUGCACGAGGAUGGGAUGUUACAUCACUAAGUCGCUCCGGCGAACCUCGUUGGGACACAGUCACAAGCUCCACAGAGCGGCCAAGCUGGGCCAGCUCCGUGAAGUGGGCAAAGGCUGAUAUCCUCAAGCCGGAAACUUACAAGCCAUUUCUCUCUGGAGCUACUGCAGUGGUCCACACGAUGGGAAUCUUGCUCGAGGCGGACUACAAGGGAGUAGUCCAGGGCCGGGAGCCUAUUGUCGGUGGCUUACAGCGCGCUUUCAGCUCCUCCAAAUUGGGGAGCCAGAACCCAUUGCAAAGAAAAGAAGGCGAGCCUCUUGAGCCCCAGGAGAGAGAUGGCCAGUUGACCUAUGAAUUGAUGAAUCGAGAUUCAGCUAUCGCACUGGCGCAAGAAUCUUCAAACGAGCACGUCCCAACCUUUUGUUAUAUUUCUGCGGCUGGCGGAGCACCAAUUCUCCCUGCUCGAUACAUCACUACCAAGCGCGAAGCCGAGGACGCUAUUUCAUCCUCCUUGCCAGAUCUUCGCAGCAUCUUCAUUCGACCAGGCUUCUUGUAUGACUCGAGCAGAAAGUUCACCUUGCCGAUUGCCCUGGGCGGAUUUGUCGCGUCGGAGAUCAACAACCUCGUCGGCAAUCGACUAGGUUUCUUGGGAUCCAUGACUGAAAAGCCACUUAAGGCUGAUGUUGUGAGCGAGGCAGUGGUGGAAGCUCUGGAGGACCAGUCCAUCAAAGGACCAGUGGGCACAAAACAAAUCGAGCAACUGGCGACAAGUGCGUGGAGAAAGACGAUGCUCUAG